UUCUAGAAAAAAAAAAAAAUCCAUAUAGCUGCUGAAAAUGAAUGCUCAUAGAUGAACUUUUAGACAUAUGCUAGCAUUUAGAUGGCAUAUCAUAUCUAUAUAAUAAUGUCCCGAAUGUUCAACUUUGACGCACAUUUUACAAAUGACAGUGAAUUAUCAUUUGGCAAUGAAUUAAAGCAAUGUGCAACUGGAUUUACCAAGAUCUGCAGAUUCAUGCACAUGAUAAGUGAUGCAGUUCAAACCAAGAGACAGAUAAAAACCACAUGUUCCUCUGGGCUGACCUAUUUGUUUCCUAAAGGCUUGGGAACGUCUGUGAAUGUCAAACGAAUAUUGUUUAUAGAGUAAAGUGAGAACAUUUCUCAAGCAGCUACUUAUAGUAUGUACGAAAUAAUGUUACCCUGAAUAAGAUAAAAUCCACACCAGCCUUACAUUUCAACUACAAUCUUGGAAAAGUCUGUUUGCGAGAGGAACAGAAGAAAGACGUUAAUAUUUUUGGCAAAACCACUUUCCUCUUUCCUCUUCUGCGUUCUCUUCCUCUCUGGCUCUUCACACAUCUGGAAGAUAAUCGGGCUGACCGUGUUUGUCCAGUGCUGCUGAUCUUAUGAUGUGUUUGGGCUGUUUUAGGGAGAUUUCAUACACUGGACUUUGGCUUUAACUCCGUUGGAUAUUUUCAGAAGAAGCGGAGGUCACAAGUUUCUAACUGGAUUUGUAAGCACAGAUCUCGUGUCCGAGUGAAAGCAUCGAGGCCCGGAAGCUAUGGGUCAGCGGUGCGGCCUUCUGGAGCUGCUGUGUUUGGUUCUGCUGGGAUGGACUCUGGUUCGAGGUCAGGCGGAAACAGACCUGCAGCUGGAUGAGGAGGAUGGAGAGGCAGAGGACCCACCCGGAACAGUGAAAAAUGUGGAGCUACAGAUAUCUUGUCCGGAGAAAUGCAGCUGCAGCGGGGAUGGAGCGGUGGACUGUAAUGGAGUUAGUCUCACUGAAUUCCCGCAGGAUUUAUCCCAACAGACCCGUCAGCUGUCCCUGCAGAAUAACCAAAUCACUGAGGUCACACUGGAGCAUCUGUCAGGUCUUCAGCAGCUGGAGACCCUAAAUCUACAGAACAACCGGCUCACCACACAAGGCAUUGAUGAUGAAGGGUUUCAUAUUCUGGAAAGGCUGAGUUACUUAUACUUGGCAAAUAAUAAGCUCACAGCAGCUCCCAAACACCUCCCUCCCUCUUUGGUCAGCGCUGAUUUCGCUGCUAACCAGCUCACUAAAAUCUACCCUGACACGUUCGGCCAGAAGCCUGCUCUGAAGUCAGUGUAUCUCCACAACAACAAGCUAACAGAUGCCGGUCUGCCAGAGAACAUGUUUAAUGGGUCGAACAACCUUGAGAUCCUCAUUAUGUCCAGUAAUUUCCUCCGUUAUGUCCCUAAGGGUCUGCCCACUGCCCUCUACCGCCUACAUUUGAAGAACAACAAGUUGGAGAAGAUUCCCGCAGGUGUGUUUGAUAGUUUGUUUCAUCUUCGGGAACUUUAUCUGCAAAACAACUUCCUGAGUAAUGAUGGCGUGGAUAACGUUACCUUCAGUCACUUGAACAGUCUGGAAUACUUGGAUCUGUCCAAUAACAACCUGAGCAGUGUUCCUCCCGGGCUUCCUCGAAAUCUCAUCCUGCUGCACUUGGAGAAGAACUCCAUCCAGAGCAUCUCCGCCAACGCAUUGAAGCCAAUCCGAAAUCUGGAGUACCUGCUCCUCCACAACAACCACCUCCGCUCCGACUCCAUCCAUCCGACCGCCUUCCAGGGUCUCAAACGCCUCCACACCGUCCACAUGUACAACAACCUUCUGGAGCGUGUUCCCCGCGGACUUCCUCGCCGCGCCAAGACCCUCAUGCUGCUGCACAACCUCAUCGGCGAGAUCGAACGCAACGAUCUGAACACGCUCUACACCCUGACGGAGCUCAACCUCAGCUACAACCGCCUCACCAGCGCCAGGCUCCACAGAGAGGCCUUCAGGAAGCUCCGCAUCCUGGAGACCCUGGAUCUGUCGGGAAACAAGCUCCAGACGCUGCCGUUGGGUCUUCCCAAGAGCCUCCGGGUAUUGAAGGUGAAGGACAAUCAGAUGGAUGAGGUACCUGAAGGAGCUCUGAUGGGAAUGAGUUCGCUGAGAGAGCUUUACCUGACCAACAAUCAUCUGAAGCUGAACUCCAUCUACCAGGGAGCUUGGCAGGAGCUGAGCGCGCUCACGACGCUGGAUCUCUCUGGUAACAUGUUGUCACACAUUCCUUCUGACCUGCCUGAGUCUCUUGAGUUCCUUCACCUGCAGAACAACAGAAUCAGCUCUGUUUCAGCUACAGCCUUCCUCAACACACCCAACAUCAAAGGCAUCUUCCUCAGAUUUAAUCGCCUCUCAGUUCAUUCUGUAUCAGAGGAGUCUUUUUCUCACCUGUCCAGGCUUCAGGUGUUGGACAUCGGCCACGGUAACAUCUCUCCCAACCGAGGCCACGCAGGAGAGCAGGAGGAGGAGGAGGAGGAGGAGGAGUUACCACACGAAGAAGAAGAAGAGGAGGAGAGACAUUCAUGAGUCACAGAUGAAAAAACAAUCAAAAUUCCUUUCCUCCACUCAAAAAGCGAAUGAAAAUGACAACCAGGUUGAAAUUAUAAAUGCAUUGUGGCUGCUGACAAGAUGUGAUUGUUUCCAGAAGCAUUGAUUAAUUAUAUCUGAAUGCUUUAAUAUGACGUAAGUCUAAAAAUAUUAAUUGUGCUACUACUAAUUUCUCUCCUUCUUCAAUUAAAAAAUGGCUUUAUUACUUCAACAGCAAGAAAACAAAAGUCAUAUAGUUUAAUAUCUGGUGCAGGAUGCUGGAAAACUUUAUUGGCUGUCUUUUAUUUUUUUAUUUUUUUGUGGUGUUUGCUCUUUUCACGGUUUACGGCUCAUUGUGUUUACAUGCAUAAUAACGUUUUGUACUAUGAAAUUAUAAUUUCUUUCUCCAGAGAAAAGGCUUGGGGUAUUUAUUAUAAUUUUCUGUUUAGGAAUACUUUUGGUUGAUGAAGAAAAAAAAGCUGUAUUCUGAAAUCAUAGGAUAGUUUUGUGUGAGGAAGAGGACAGUAAUUGAUAGUUUUACACUUUUUUGGAUGAAUAACAGCUUCAAUUUCAGUCUGUUCUUUAACAAUAUGAUAAAAAAAUGCAUGAAGAUUCUUCAAAAAUUAGCCUUUUGGGUUCAACAGAAAACAGCUUUGCAACCUUAUAAGGGUGAGUAAAAAUUGUUUUUAUUUUUAGGUGAAGCGACGCUCAGUUUCGAGUCUUUUGAUCUUUUUUCUCAUCAUCAUGUAAAGGAUGAUUUGAGCACAAAUCUUCUUGAGACACAUUUAGGCUGUUCCUCAUCAUUAUUCAUCAGGUGAUUUUCUCAGAAAACUGUUUUCAGAGCUUAAUGAAUGGAAAGGUUGUGUGUAGCAGACGAGGUGUAUGAACUGUUAGAAAGAUUUUAAUUACGUUAAUUUCCUCUCUAAACUAAUGAACGUAAAGCAGCAGGGUAA